CUCGGACUCGGACUCGGGACGCUGCGGAUUCGGAACCAGGGAGACCCCGGCAAGCUGCAGACAUGGCCCUGUGGCUCAGCGUGAAGCUGCUGAGUGGCGAGACGCACCGCUUGGAGGUCACCAGCACGACGACCGUCUCGGCUUUCAAGGCCCAGAUUGCCCAGAAGACGGGGGUGUCCCCGUACCAGCAGAAGUUGGCCUGCCAGAACGGGGCCUACGUGGAGCUGCGCGAUGGCUCCCGGCUCUCCGACUACCAGCUCAAUCCUGGAGACAUCGUCCUGCUGGUGGUAAAGAACGAGGAGCCCGUCACCAUCUUCGUGAAGAACGACAAGGGCAGGACCGGCACCUACACCGUCCUCCCCUCCGACGGGGUCACCCAGUUCAAGGGGCGGGUCCAGCAGCAGGAGAACAUCCAGGCGGAGCAGUUCUGGCUCAGCUUUGAGGGGAAGCCGCUCGAGGACGGCCACAAGCUGGGAGAUUACAACAUCGCCCCCCACUGCACCAUCUUCCUGCACCUGCGUCUGCGGGGGGGCUGAGCCCCCGGGGCCUGACUUUCCUGCUCCCUUCCUCUUUUCCUAGAUAGACCUUAGCGUCCCAAACAUCGUACGCCGGCUUUGGACUCUGGCAUGUGAAGCUGUGUCCGGCUCCAGCACUGGCUGGGGUGGGGGGUGAUGCAGAGGACUAGGAGAGGGUCUCCGGGAGAGUGAGCAUCAUGUUGACGCUCGGUUGCCCACAGCACUCGCACCCCAUUGUGCACGCGCUCACCAGCUCCUCAUCCAUCCGUGCAUCACAUUCCAGUGCAGCAUGGUCCCGCUGUGCCAGGCCGUGUGGCUGACCUGGGCCCUGCAGAGCGACUCUGUUCCUUCCAGGGGGCACAGUGGGGCCGGGCUCCCUGCCAUGGUGGAAACUCUCUCCCGUAGGAGGUUUGCUCAGUUAGCUCCUCCAUGUGAAUGAGACACCCCCCCCCCGAACGUGUCUGUCAUGCCAUGUGUGUAGCGAGUUGUUUCCUUGCUAUAGGUGUUGGUGUGGUUCCCCGGCAGCGCUAACCCUAGCGGAAGAGCGCGCUGGCCUCUCCCUUUAUCACCGAUUGAAUUCAGGUGUGACGCUUGCAUGCCAACGUCACAAGAAGAUCCAGCACAACCCCCUGCUCUGCCUCUUUACGGGCUGUGCCGCUGCUUCAUGUGAUGUCACAUUGGGGUGGGGCUAAGGCUGUAAUGACCACUGGGGAUAGUGGCCUGUGAAGAAACAAAGGAACUAGCCUGAUUAGACUCUGGCAUUGGCAGUAAGGAUUUCGGUCUUUUUUGUCACAAGACAGUAUUUGCGUUUUCUGAACUGUGAUUGAUGGACUCAGUCUGUGAUUGUAUUGCACACUAGGGCACUUUGCUUUGUAAAUGCAUGAGAAUGAUGAUCUAAUAGGAUCAAUAAACAGGUUUCCUCAAAUCCU